GAGAGAUCAACGGACAGAUAUCUAGACAGGCAAACCGAAGCUUAAAUGCACGUGUAUUCCUCAGCUUGCCAAAGACAUGGAAGCAGUGAAGAGUAGACUAGCAACAGCAGAAAGACGGAUAGAAGAGUUGGAUAGACAACUUCAUCAUCAGAAGAGAGGAAUGAUAAAUGAAAGCCCAAGAGUAUACUGUAGAAGCAUUAAUAAGGGAGAUGAAAAUAUUGCUUAUUUACCGAAACUGCCAUCCUAACGUUGCUGUGAAAUUAUCUGAAAAUCUACGAUCGAGACAAAGUUGCCAAGUGACCCUUAUACAAUACAAAGAAGAAAACUUCAGAAAGGGGUCAUCCUAUUCAGACUACCUGGUCAUAUUUCUUCUGGAAGUGGAAAAUCGAUACAUCCCUGGAUCAUUAAACAACAACUUUGAAACUGUCAACAAAUUGACUUCUUACACUCCAGUGUCCAUUCCCAUCGUAGUCGAAGAAGGUCCUGCCCCAAGAAUAGACUGUCCUUAUGGAAUGACGAUGGUCACAGUUGAAACUCUAACUUACAAUAUCAAAUCAAUGGAGCUACAGUAGCAAUGUCAGAAGCAGACUUUUCCAGAUUGACUAGACUGCCAACAGAACAGUUGUAAAUACGUGGAGUAAAGUUCAGUAGCUGCUACUACGUACUCAAGACACUUGGAGACAUGGUAACUUGUCAGACUUGGUACACAAGGAAUCAAUUGAAUCUAUUGACAAGUUUACGCAAUGGGCGUGCCAGAGUAGUCUCUUAUUUAGAGAGCUGUUUGCGUUGACUUUAAGACGGAAGUGACUAAUGAGACCUGUAUUGCUCCUGUAGUCAAUAU